AUGAAACGUGCGCCCCUGGUGCAUACGCAAUUACUAAAUAGACUUGCCAGUACCUCUGCGAGUGAGUCAGAACCAGGCUCGUCUGCUCCGGCAAAAGCGGCUCCGGCUACGCUUUCAUGGCCUGAGUACCUUAAAAUUAGAAGAGGGAGAAGGAUAUGGGAAUUAACUGCGACAGUUCCGAUGACAUUGGGAGCUUUUGGUGGAGGUUUAUCGUAUUUUGGCUCUAUUGAGCCUGAUCCCACUGCCCUAAUUAUGGGCCUCGAGCCAAUUUGGAUAUAUGCGUUGGCCACCUUCUCGUGUGCUGGUGCCGGGUACCUCGUGGGACCAUUCAUCGGAUCUACGCUAUGGCGUCUCACGCACCGUAAGAAGCUAUCCCAGAUUGACUCCAAGGAGCGUGAAUUCUACCAACAUAUUGUCCGCAAUCGGGUCGAUCCAUCAUCUCAGAGUGCUACGAAUCCUGUCCCUGACUACUAUGGUGAGAACGUUGGAUCAAUUAAGCAGUACCGCCAGUGGCUCCGUGACCAAUCAAAAUAUCGAAGGAAAGCAGCAUGGCCAGAGCAAUAA